AGCCCGGCAGGAGCCCCGACAGGAAGCCAGCGCAGCAUGGCCGCCACCGACUUCGUGCAGGAGAUGCGUGCUGUGGGUGAGAGGCUGCUGCUCAAGCUGCAGAGACUGCCCCAGGCUGAGCCCGUGGAGAUCGUGGCCUUCUCAGUCAUCAUCCUUUUCACAGCCACUGUUUUGCUGUUGCUGCUGAUAGCCUGCAGCUGCUGCUGCACUCACUGCUGCUGCCCUGAGCAGAGAGGCAGGAAGGUCCAGGUGCAGCCGACACCACCGUGACAGACAGGGGAUGGCUGAGGAGAAGCUGGAGAGGAGAUGACCAACGCUAUGACACAGGCCAUCAGCCUGGCCCUGCAGCCCUCACCCCUCAAAACCAGGCUCCCCUGGCCCCAGCUUUGGCCCGGCCCAGGUACCUGGACACUGACAACUUGAGCCCUACCAAGGAAACCAGGGCUGGUAUAGGUGCAAACCUCUCAUCUGCCAGUGGACACUGGGUGCUGGGGAGUCAGCUGUUUCAAAGACUGGGUCAACUGCCUGGGCUUCUUCGCCUACCUGCACUUUUUAACAAAACAAGGAAGUAGGGGUACCCAUACCUUGAUGGAGAACAGCCCCCACCUGUGGGCAAUUGGCCCUUGGGGCUCUGCUGAUCCAUGCCAAAGAGGAGCAAGGCAAUCAGAGGGGCUUUGUGCAAUAGCUUCUGCACCCGAGCUCCUGCCACAGCGUAAGCAUGUCAGUAUUCUAGUCCAGUAUUUGCCGGUUUCCAAGUAAAAGCUUUUGUGUUAUGU